CACUGAGUACGGUGUGAAGCAGGCUGAGGCCUGGAACAAUGAUCCUUCAAUACUGGCUCGGAGGAGAGCUGAGAAGGAGAGGUACUGUGUGAACAACGUUGGGAUUGACUACCAUCAUGCUGUGACUAAGUCAGCUGAGCCGUAUGUCAGACUGCACUCUGUGACGCCCUCUGGUGGUAAACAUUCAGCCAUGUUGGUCUGCAGCGUCUUCGACUUCUACCCCAAAAAGAUCAAAGUCAGCUGGCUCAGAGACGGAAAGGAAGUCACCUCUGAUGUCACUUCCACUGAUGAGCUGGCAGACGCUGAUUGGUACUACCAGAUCCACUCUCACCUGGAGUACACGCCCAGGUCUGGAGAGAAGAUCUCCUGUGUGGUGGAACACGCCAGCCUGAGAGAACCUCUGGUUACUGACUGGGAUCCGUCCAUGCCUGAGUCUGAGAGAAACAAGAUUGCCAUCGGAGCCUCAGGACUGAUCCUGGGUCUGGUCUUAUCUCUGGCUGGAUUCAUCUACUACAAGAGGAAGGCCCGAGGAAGGAUUCUGGUCCCCAGUAACUGAUCCUGGACCUGUAGCUGCUUGUCAGAUGGAAUAAAAAGCAGCUGCUGCUUCAACCUGCUUCAUGACUGUCAGUGCUGCAACACCUGAUUCUCUGCUGAUACUGAGCUGGUCUGAACUCUGAUCCAGGACUGUGGUCUUUACUCUGACAGUCCUGGACCAGGUUUAGUCUGGACUCUGAUGAUACUGAGCUGGUCUGAACUCUGAUCCAGGACUGUGGUCUUUACUCUGACAGUCCUGGACCAGGUUUAGUCUGGACUCACAGCUGGAUCUCAUAAAAUGCUUCACUGGCUCAAAUCUAGAUUUUACAGACGCUUCUAUCGACAAUCUGACUCUGAGUUUAGUUUCAAAUCAAAUAUGAUCCAGUUCUUUAAAUGAUUUUGGGGCUCGUAGGUUGUCUGAUUGUUGGAUUUAUAUAUUUUACUGGAGUGAACAUUUUUCUAACCACAAUAAACAAUCAGAAAACUCUCUGA